AGUUCAGUAUUAUUUCCCCAUAUCUAUUUAGGGAACUGUUGUAAUUCCAUUAUGUGAUAUUUCAUUCUGUUACAAACAGAUGACACUCAUACUGUAAGUAAAGUUAUUGGACAGCUUUCAAAAAUGAUUUGGGAUAUUAAUUUAAUAAUGCUGUUUUUUGCAGUUGGAGACGUUCUGCUGGUUUCGACAGAACUGCGUACAGCUAUACUUCAAAUUACGAAAACAUCUGUAGUGGAAGGGGAGACCAUUGAGUUCAAAUGUAUGAUAUCAGCUGUGCACAGAGAACAGCCAAACAAGGAGAGGAAUUGGUUCCAUUUAUAUAAAAACAGAGAGAAGGUCAGCUCACUGCCGGAGCCCCGAGGAAUAGCAGCUAUCACAUUUAUAAAUGAAGACAUCAGAAAGAAUGACGCUGGAAACUAUACCUGCAUGCAUGGAAAUCAGAAUCCAGGAGAUGUGAAAUAUAUCAGCCGUGGUCCUCCGAUUUAUCUGAAUGUACAAGAGUCACCGUAUUCACUCGUGCUUCAGCUAGACAAACAGAGUGUGAUGGAAGGAAUGGACGUAUCAUUUAAAUGUAUGAUACCAGUGGAACUCCGAGAUACAGAACAGAAAAAUGGGUCUUUCCAUCUAUAUAAAGAUGGAAGCCUUGUCGAUUCACAAACCGUUCCCAAAAGCUUACCAGGUGCCACGUUUUCCAUUAAAAAAGUGAAUAGGAAUGAUACUGGAAACUACACCUGUGUGUAUGGAAAAGAGACGAUUGUAAACUCAGCAAACAACAAACGCAGUCGCCCAGUCUACCUUGAUGUGACAGAGACACGGUAUUCACUCGUGCUUCAGCUAGACAAACAGAGUGUGAUGGAAGGAAUGGACGUAUCUUUUAGAUGUAUGAUACCAGUGGAACUCAGAGAUACAGCACAGAAAGAUGGGUCUUUCCAUCUAUAUAAAGAUGGAAGCCUCGUCAAUUCACAACCCGUUCCCAAAAGCUUACCAAGUGCCACGUUUUCCAUUAAAAAAGUGAGUAGGCAGGAUACUGGAAACUACACCUGUGUGUAUGGAAAAGAGAUGAUUGCAAACUCAGCAAACAACAAACUCAGUCGUCCAGUCUACCUUGAUGUGACAGAAUGCUUGACAAGUCCAACCACAACUGCCAAGACCCAACAAAACAGUUCAACAGAGUCAUACGGGCUGGGGAAUGACAUCAGAAUCUUCCUAUCCCUGGGGAUCCUUCUUCUGCUCUCAGCUAUUGUGGGGGAAGACUUCUAUAGCAGACAGAGGAUGCACCACAGGGAAAAUGCCAAUGGACAAUAAACAGGCCCAUCCUUCAAUGCUGUCCUUUGAUUUGCAGUGCAGGUGGAAAACAUCUUGUAAUAUGACACAAAAAACUCACAAGUUACAAAGAAAUAUCCUGCCGAGGAUUAGGAGAGAUCUGCAAAGAGCACCACAUUGUACAAGCAAAGUAAAAGUGUCACUAUCUUGUGUUAUCUGCUAACAUGUGCAAGCUUAUUGUAAGACAAGUUCCUGAAUUCAACAGUGCUGAUUGUAUAAAGUGUUACGGAACACCCUGAAGUGUUUCAAGAUACUGAAUACUUUGCUUUUGCUGUAUAUAUUUUCCAUACAUUCCUCAGUGUAAGCAUGUUUUUUUCACACCUCACAUAUUUAUAUGAAUAUAUAAUAUAUUUCUCAGGGGUGUUCAUUAGGAGAAGAGAAGUUCUCUUAAAAACAUCAUAGUGUAUCCAGGUCAUGCUCCCACUUGCAACAAAGCUGCUGCUCUGAAUGAGUGCUUGUUGUGGAAACAGGAAAUUAGCAUGGUUGUAAGAGGGAGCAUGAACUCGAUACACUACAGGCUGAUUCAUAAUUCACAAAGCAUUGUCAGAUCAUUGAGAAAACUGGAGGGUACGCAGAGGAUGAUCUGCAAAGGAACAAUGUGUGUGACUGAGACACUCUGUGACACAUUGUUUGGCAAUCAGGGAGUUGUUCAACAUUGAAGUACAAUUGAUAACAAUGUAAAACAACAAUGCUGUGCAAAUGAUGUUUCACCCUGUGUGUUAAAACACUCAUGAUCUUUUCUGGCAAAUGAUGCAGAUGAAUGUAUUUUCAGCUGAUUGUGAAGUGUGAAUCAAAAAUAUAAAACAAUCAGAAAUGUGUUUAAAACUAUACGGACAACAAGGGAUACAUCAAAGAUAAAAGUAAUGUGUUUCUUGUAAACAAUGUAGGGUGUUCUGUAACACACAAAAAAAUUGUUUUCCACAGAUUAUAAAUUAUUUAGGACCUGCCGCAUAUGUUGUGUUUUUGUUAAAUGAAAUAAAUGGACUUGGUCAUUCUCUGCUU